AAAGAACUGGUGUGAAAAUAGAAGAGAAUUAACUAACUGAAAACCAAUUUUAUUAUAACCUCGAUACGUUCAGUUUCCAGGAAGCAUUGUUUCCUUUUUUUAAUGUUACCUCAACGAAACGUAACAUACACGGAAAAGUAGCGAGGGCAAAAAGUAGUGACUGCUUUUUGGGACGACACAAAGAAAGCAGCGAGUGGCUGUUUGGAAUCUACCUCAAGCAAUUCACUAACAAGAUGGUGUUGGCAGUUGAUCUCUUGAACCCUACUCAUGAAUCUGAGAUGAGAAAGCACAAGCUCAAGCAGCUUGUCCAAGGCCCUCGCAGCUUCUUUAUGGAUGUCAAGUGCCCUGGUUGCUUCAACAUUACCACUGUUUUCUCCCACGCUCAAACCGUUGUUAUCUGCGGCUCUUGUGCUUCCGUUCUUUGCCAACCCACUGGUGGUAAGGCUCGCCUUAUGGAAGGAUGCUCUUUCAGGAGAAAGAACUAAAGCUCUUGAUGCUUUUCUGCAUUGUUAAUAUGCGAAAUAAAAUUUUGUCUUGAGCAUGUGGUAAUAAAUGUGGUUGUUUUAUUGUG